GUUACUUGGCUGCCCUUUUGCGCGUUUUUUUUGCAACUCAUCACCCUCUUGAGCCAGUGACUUUGUAUUAAUAUAUAUUGGCGGAGAAGAAUAUAGCAAUAAUAAUUUGAUUCGGACUUUGUGUUCUUGUGUGAUAGUAGUAGUAUUUGUAUUUUUUGAUUGUAGUAGAAUAGUCUCUCAUUAUCAUUUUGACAAGUUUAAAGUGGACGUUAUUUCAUCAUCAGCAUCAGCAUCAAUAGAAAAGGUUUCGAACCUGUAUAACUGUCAUCUUGAAUAAUUAUUUAAUUACUGUAUAAUAUAGAAAUGUUUUAUGCCGCCGGAGCUAAUGAACAUGGUCAAUUGGGGAAUGGUACUUACUCGAACGUUAUGGAUCUCUCUCCCAUCAACAUAUCAGCUCAUCACUAUAGACAAAAAACCUAUCGUCAGCUAGGUCCCAAAUGUCUUGCUGAUUUUGCAUCACUCGAUGAACGUUCAUUGAUUGGUCUUUGUAAAAUUAAACAAAUUGCUUGUGGUAAACGUCAUACCAUGAUACUAACUGAGGAAAAUGAUUUGUAUGCUUGCGGAGAUAAUUCCAACUCUCAACUUGGAGUCUAUGAAACAAUAUCCAAUAAUACUGUUGAAUGGAUAGAUUUUGAACCCGCUAGGACGUCAAGAAUUACCUCAAUUGCUUGCAGCUCUAAUUCUUCCUUUAUAUUUUUGGAAAAUGGUGAAAUGUACAAAACAAGUCCUAACAAAAUCUCUAAUUUAUCCCACAAAAAUUCAUUUUUCAAACUUACCAUCGAUAGCAAGAGCCAAGUGAAGAAUUUCUUUAGCUCACCAACAACGAGUAGAUUCCACAUACUAACCAAUGAUAAUUCUGUAUUUGUAGGAGGGGAAGAUGAGCAAGGUUUUUGGUUGUCAAGACAAGACCAAGCUCUGAAACCGACAUCAUUCCCUAUCAUCACCAACCCAAUUAAAAUAAUUUCAAGUGGAGGUUUCCAUACAGUCAUUAUUACCGAGAAGAAUGAAUAUUUCAGUUUGGGAGGAAAUUAUUUCUAUCAACGAGGUGACACAGAUGAUAGAGCUGCCAUUAGAGAAGGUACUAAUUUACCAUUCUCUGGAAAGGCUAUUAGUCAAGUUUGUUGUGGACAUUUCCACACACUAGUGUUGUGUGCAGAUGGAAGCUUGUAUGCUUGUGGUAAAAACAGUCAUGGACAACUUGGAAGCCCAACCCUCAAUGAAAAGAAUCUCUACAUGAAAGUACCAAUUAAUGCCUAUAUACACUCAAUGCUUUGUGGAACAGACCAUACCGUAUUAUUAUCAACUGAUAAGAGAGUUAUGAGAUGUGGAAAAAAUGACAGAGGGCAAAUCUUUAUAGAUUUCAAAAAGCAAAACUCAUCAUUUGAAAUGCUGAAAGUCAAGGAGUUUGCCCAUUUGGCUUGUGGUGCUCAUUUUACAAUAUGUUAUGGAGACAUGACCUAUGUUAUUAAUCGUUUCCCAAAGAUUGCUUCAUUUCUGAAGAGAACAGAACUAUCUGAUGUGAGGAUUAAGUGUUAUGACGAUUAAUCAAUUUUGAGACAUUCACAAUAAAAAUAUUUGCAAAC